AUGGUGGUGGGAACAGUCAAUGUCAGUUCUCCAGAAGUCUUUGUGCUCCUGGGCUUCUCUGCACAGCCCUCGCUGGAGCCUGUCCUCUUCAUGGUUGUCUUGGCCUUUUAUGUGGUGUCUGUCCUGGGCAACAGCAUCAUCAUCUUGGUCUCCUGUGUGGAUGUGCACCUCCACACACUGUACUUCUUUCUUGCCAACCUCUCCUUUUUGGACAUCAGCUUCACCACGAGCAUCGUCCCACAACUCCUGGUCAACCUCCAGGGACCACAGAAAACCAUAAGUUAUGGUGGGUGUGUGGUCCAGUUCUACGUCUCCCACUGGCUGGGGGCCACUGAGUGUGUCCUGCUGGCUGUCAUGUCUUAUGACCACUACGCUGCCAUCUGCAGGCCACUCCACUACACGGUCCUGAUGCAUCCGCAGCUCUGCUUCAGGCUGGCUGCGGCCUCGUGGCUGGGGGGUCUGACCACCAGCAUAAUGGGCUCCACAUUCACCAUGCUCCUCCCGCUGUGUGGGAACAACCGUGUCGACCACUUCUUUUGUGAGAUGCCCCUCAUCAUGCAGCUGGCUUGUGUGGAUACCCUCAAUGAGGUAGAGAUGUACCUGGCCAGCUUUGUCUUUGUUGUCCUGCCCCUGGGGCUCAUCCUGGCCUCAUAUGGCCACAUUGCCCGGGCAGUGCUGAAGAUCAGGUCGUCAGAAGGGCGGAAAAAGGCGUUCAGCAUGUGCUCCUCCCACAUGGCUGUUGUCCUAUUCUAUGGGAGCAUCAUUUUCAUGUAUCUCCAGCCAGCCAAGAGCAGCUCACAUGAGCAGGGCAAGGUCGUGGCUCUCUUCUACACUGUGGUCACUCCGAUGCUCAACCCGCUCAUCUACACACUGAGGAACCAGGACAUGAAGGAUGCCCUCAGGCACAUUGUGCUCAGGGGCUGCUGGGCUCUGCAGGUGAAUGGGAACAUACCUAAAAGCUCCAGUUGUUAA